AUGGCGGAUACCUUGCAAAGCGCCUCCAAGUCCUUCCGUGGUGCCGUCAGUGGUGUGAUGAUGAAAAUGCUGUCUGCCCAGCAGAUCGCCGGCAGCAUGAAUGACAAGCUCUUGCCGCCAUCCAUGCCCAAGACCUACACAACUGGGCUGUGCCCCUACUUCGUUGCCCGUCAUCUGCUGCAGCCGAUCUACUAUGUCUACCUGCCGGAGCCUGGCGAAGCGGCCCAGUCGGACCUCGAGUCGGACGAAGUCGUAGAGCUAGACUUUCUGCUUCGAGCUGCUGCUGCAGCCGAUCUCCGCCUCUCGUCCCGGCUGGCCCCCAAGCAUAUGCAGGCCGCUCGUAGAACUGCUCGAAUGUCCGCCUAUACGUGCGCACGUGGCCGGUCGUCGGUACGUCUACGACCCAACCCAGCCGCCUCUCCCGGCACGCCGCGAUGUGCCUAA